ACAGCCGCGGAACUCGGGGCCCUGCGAGGGGGCGGGGGCGCUGGGGUCCAGGGGCCGGGGCGGGGCCCCUCCCGGGCCGAGGGUGUGCGGACCCGCGCCUCCUGGGGGGCGAUCGCCCAACAAAGGAUCCCUGGGGCGCCCGCCCUCGAGGGCCUCCCCGCCCCCGGUUCCGGCCCCCCCAGGCGCCUCGGACCCGGCAUUCCGGGGCUCCCCGGCCCGGCCCCGCCGUCGUCGGCUUCGGCGACCCUCACUCGGCCACGCGUCUACGUUCCAGGUGCGGCCGGGAGUGGCCAUGUCCCACGGCCCCAAGCAGCCCGGCGCGGCCGCCGCGCCAGUGAGUGGCAAGGCUCCAGGACAGCAUGGUGGCUUCGUGGUGGCUGUCAAGCAAGAGCGCGGCGAGGGCCCGCGGGCCGGAGAGAAGGGGUCCCACGAGGAGGAGCCUGUGAAGAAGCGCGGCUGGCCCAAGGGCAAGAAGCGGAAGAAGAUCCUGCCGAAUGGGCCCAAGGCACCUGUCACCGGUUACGUGCGCUUCCUGAACGAGCGGCGCGAGCAGAUCCGGACGCGCCACCCGGACCUGCCUUUUCCCGAGAUCACCAAGAUGCUGGGAGCUGAGUGGAGUAAGCUGCAGCCGGCGGAGAAGCAGCGGUACUUGGACGAGGCGGAGCGGGAGAAGCAGCAGUACAUGAAGGAGCUGAGGGCGUACCAGCAGUCGGAAGCCUACAAGAUGUGCGCGGAGAAGAUCCAGGAAAAGAAGAUCAAGAAAGAGGACUCUGGCUCCGGGCUCAUGAAUACCCUUCUGAAUGGACACAAGGGUGGGGACUGUGACGGCUUCUCCACUUUCGACGUCCCCAUCUUCACUGAAGAGUUCUUGGACCAAAACAAAGCGCGGGAGGCGGAGCUGCGGCGCCUGCGGAAGAUGAACGUGGCCUUCGAGGAGCAGAACGCGGUGCUGCAGAGGCACACGCAGAGCAUGAGCAGCGCGCGCGAGCGCCUGGAGCAGGAGCUGGCGCUGGAGGAGCGGCGGACGCUGGCGCUGCAGCAGCAGCUCCAGGCGGUGCGCCAGGCGCUCACCGCCAGCUUCGCCUCGCUGCCUGUGCCGGGCACAGGCGAGACGCCCACCCUCAGCACCCUGGACUUCUACAUGGCGCGGCUGCACGGCGCCAUCGAGCGCGACCCCGCCCAGCACGAGAAGCUCAUCGUCCGCAUCAAGGAGAUCCUGGCCCAGGUCGCCAGUGAGCAUCUAUGAGGGUGUCGGCCGCCCCACGGAUCCAGAGAAGACCAAGCUCCGGUCACAGCCCCUCCCCCACCCUCACCCCCACCCCAUGGAGGAGGGGUGGGGGGGCCAUCCUUUGGGGCCAGACCCGAUCCUGCACCUUGGGGGCUCCAGCCCCCCUAAAGUUAAAUUUCUACAGCAUCCCUCUAGCUUUCAGUCUCCCCCGCACCCCAACCCAGAAAAAUCACCCACCAUGCACAGCACACAUAGGGCCUCCCCAGGGCCCAGUGAGGCCUGCUCGACUCACAGGGCCCGUCACACUACACGGACGUGGGAACACCACGUGCGGGCAGCGGAACCCGGGACCCGAGCAGACCCACAGCCACUCACACACCCAGUGUGGGGAGAGUUGCACACUCUACACCUGCUCUCCAGCCCCCAGACACAGGGCAGAGAGAACCCACACCUGACACACUGGGGCUCCUGCCUGGCAGGUGUCACCCUAAGUGCCCACACGGGCAGGCACAUCUGCUGCAGGGACACACUCACACUCCGGGCGGGGCUCUCUACAUGUCACGCUCACAUUCCUGCACCCCAGAAUGGGGGGAGGCUGGUACUGACCACCCCACCCUCAUCCAGCUAAGGGACCCCCGUGGAGGCGGCCCCUUUGCCACUGCUCAAUCCAGACUUUUUAAAUAAAAAUGGAAUUUGAAUUUCAA